AUGUAUUCCACAGGUUCAAAUGAUACGAAUAAGGACGAGUUUAUUGAUAAUCUAUUGAAUACAUUUCGAACACCGUUUUGGCUCGAUGAACAUCGCUGGUUUGUUCGAUGUCAAUGGAAUUCUUCGUCCGAUAACAUCGUUCUUUAUAGUUUACCGUAUAGUUCCGAGGAUUAUUUUUUUCAACAGCAAGUGCAUCAUUUCAAAUUCACGUGUCCGAAUGAUGAGGAAUAUCUUUCGUAUAAUUGUGUGCGUCAAAUUCGGUCCAAAAUCACAUCGGAUUACCGUCCAUCACUUCUUAUUCACUUUUCCAACCUUGAAUCACUAGAAAUACACAUGCCUGCCAGUGAAAAUCUCUGUUCUAUCGUAACCAAAAUGAAUCAUUUAAGAUCUCUACAUGUGUCAUUGGGUGACGAUAGUACUACGUUAUCUGAUCUACAAGCUUUGUUCGAUCGAACACCGCAUCUGUAUUCGUUGGGUAUUGACGGUUGUGAAGUUUCGCAAUUGAUAGAUUUGAAUUUCAUUUGUCCAUCAAUUCGUCGUCUUAUUCUAACAUCACAUUCAGAUGAACAUGAUGAAUAUCUCAAUGAUACACAAUUAACAAUAUUGGCUAAUUCAUUACUGGGUCGUCAAUGUGAAAUUUUAUCUGUUGAUGUGGAAAAUCUAAUGAAUAUUAUCUAUCUUGUCAAAAAUAUGGUUUAUCUUCGUGCAUUGACUUGUCGAUGUCACAGAGCCAAGGGAGAGAAUUCCCGUUCAUCAUCAUUAUCGGUCAAGGAUGAAUUUAUCACGUGA